AAAAUUGGUGAAGGCAAAAAAUAAUUGGGUUAUAUAAAUUGCCGAAUUUUCCAACCAAAAAGUAAACAAAUAUAAAUUGCAGGAUCCGUUCAAAGAAGAAGAGCUUCGACGACUCUAGAUUUUGGAUUCUGAUCUCCAUGGCGUACGUCGAGCGAGGUGUUGUGAAAUCCAAGCGAUCCAUUUGGCGACUCAAGACGAUAACUGAUUUCUUCUGGGCCAUUGUCAACUUGAUAGGCGUGUUUUUUGCUACAAUGUUCUCGAUGGAAAAGUCCGAUGCUUACAAAAAAGGAUCUGCUUCUGGAAAGAAAUGGGAUGGCGGUGGCCCCGGAGGCCCUGGAGGGCCAUAUGGUGGCCGUCCACGCGGGCCACCUCGGGGACUAGACAAUGUCCGUGGAAUUGACCAUAGUGCUGUACCCGCCUGUGGUUCCUGCUGUGGUUAAAUGGGGGAAGAGCAUAUCAGCAUUAUGUCUUGUGCAUCAUUUUCAUUGUGCCUCGAAACUUUUUAGGAAUGAUAAUUGGUAUGUUACUGUAGAUAGAUCAUGAACAGGGAGAGAAACACUAUGAUAUAUGCAAUAAUCGACUGUAUUUUGUGUUUUUUGAUGCCUGAUCUUAAGAAUUGAUGUGUCUGUUUUAUCAUGUAAAAGGAUGUGAGUGAGUCCUGAUGAUAAUUUCAAGCAUGAGAAUCUUCACUUUCGAAUUA